UCCGGCUGCCGGGUUGACAUGAAGAAGCAGCGGCGGCUAGGGCGGCAGUAGCGGCCCGAGUCGAGGCGUGCAGCGGCCCUCGGGGCUAAGAGCGCGACGCGGCCUAGAGUGGCAGAGGGCUCAGUGGGCUGAAGAAGAGGAGCAGUAGCCACCCUGGCCCGUCAUGGAGAUGGAAAAGGAAUUCGAGCUGAUCGACAAGGCCGGGAACUGGGCGGCCAUUUACCAGGAUAUUCGACAUGAAGCCAGUGACUUUCCAUGUAGAGUGGCGAAGCUUCCUAAGAACAAAAACCGAAACAGAUACAGAGACGUCAGCCCCUUUGACCAUAGUCGGAUUAAAUUACAUCAAGAAGACAACGACUAUAUCAAUGCAAGUUUGAUAAAAAUGGAAGAAGCCCAAAGGAGUUACAUUCUUACCCAGGGCCCUUUGCCGAAUACUUGUGGGCACUUUUGGGAGAUGGUGUGGGAACAGAAGAGCAGGGGAGUUGUCAUGCUCAACAGAGUAAUGGAGAAAGGAUCGUUAAAAUGUGCACAAUACUGGCCACAAAAAGAAGAAAAAGAAAUGAUCUUUGAAGACACAAAUUUGAAAUUGACAUUGAUCUCUGAAGAUAUCAAGUCAUAUUAUACAGUACGACAACUAGAAUUGGAAAACCUUACAACUCAAGAAACUCGAGAGAUCUUACAUUUCCACUAUACCACAUGGCCUGACUUUGGAGUCCCUGAAUCGCCGGCCUCAUUCCUGAACUUUCUUUUUAAAGUCCGAGAGUCAGGGUCACUCAGCGUGGAGCAUGGCCCUAUUGUGGUGCACUGCAGUGCUGGCAUUGGCAGGUCGGGGACCUUCUGUCUGGCUGACACCUGCCUCUUGCUGAUGGACAAAAGGAAAGACCCUUCCUCCGUUGAUAUCAAGAAAGUGCUGUUAGAAAUGAGGAAAUUUCGGAUGGGACUGAUCCAGACGGCGGACCAGCUGCGUUUCUCCUACCUAGCUGUGAUCGAAGGUGCCAAAUUCAUCAUGGGAGACUCUUCAGUGCAGGAUCAGUGGAAGGAGCUCUCCCACGAGGACCUGGAACCCCCACCUGAGCAUGUCCCCCCACCUCCCCGGCCACCCAAACGAAUCCUGGAGCCACACAAUGGGAAAUGCAAGGAGUUCUUCCCAAACCACCAGUGGGUAAAGGAUGAGACAGAGGAGGAUAAAGAUGGCUUCAUCAAGGAAGAAACCAGAACCCUCUUAAAUGUCCCUUACCACAUGGAAAGCAUGAGUCAAGACACUGAAGUUAGAAGUCGGAUUGUUGGGGGAAGUCUCCGAGGCACCCAGGCUGCCCUCCCUGCCAAGGGGGAGCCGUCACCACCCAAAGAGGAGGAGGACCACACACUGACCCACUGGAAGCCCUUCCUGGUCAACAUGUGCAUGGCCACAGUCCUCACAGCUGGCGCGUACCUCUGCUACAGGUUCCUGUUCAACAGCAACACAUAACCUGACCCUCCUCCACUUCACCUCCACCCACUGUCCGCCUCUGCUCGCAGAGCCCGCGCCCGACUAGCAGGCAUGCCGUGGUAGGUAAGGGCCGACGGACAGCGUAGAGGGCCGUGCCCCGGAUGGACGUUGGUUCUGCACUAAGACCUACCACCCCACCCCCCGGGCUGUGUGUCUCACCCUCAUCCUUUUACUUUUCCCCUCCCCUUCCUUCCUCUGAGUACCAAAUCCACAACCCAUUUUUUGAGGAGAGCAGAGGGGAGCACCGUGCUGUGGUACCAAGGGAAGGUGGCCCAUGCCGGUCUCGGGGCUCACCCCCCAUGUGCUCCCUCACAGUGCAUCCCAGUGCGUCCCAGGCGGAAGGCACACUGACAUCCUCCCCAUAAGCCACUGUGGCAUCUGCAUAGAGUUAAGCCUCUCCACUCCAUAUUUAUUUUUAAAUUUUUUUCCCCCAAAGGUGUCCAUAGUGCACUAGCAUUUUCUUAAACCAAUAAUGUAUUAAAAUUUUUUGAUGUCAGCCUUGCAUCAAGGGCUUAUCAAAAAGUACAAUAAUAAAUCCUCAGGUAGUACUGGGAACGUAAGCCUUUGCCAUGAGCCUGCUGCGUCAGACCAGUACUGGGAAGGAGGACGGUUGUAAGCAGUCAUUAUUUAGUGAUAUUGUGGGUAAUGUGAGAAGAUAGAACAAUGGUCUAAUAUAUAAUGAACACUUGGGUAUUUAAUAAGAUACACGAUGUGAGAUUACUUUGUCCCAGUUAUUCUCCUCCCCUGUUAUCUACUAGAACCUUGUUCUCAAUCACCACUUUCCUUGUGUGUAUUAGAGUGCAUGUAAGGUCUUUUUGUGUCCUGAUGAGAUACCAUGUGCUUGAAAUGAGAAACUUAGAUUUCUGCCUACUAAUGUGCCCCCAUGUACAAGUCCAAUCUACCUUUGCAUGAUCUGAUCAUUAUGUGGCUGUGGUUCUUAAGGCUGUUGCUGAAAUCAUUGCCGUUCAGCAAUAGAGUGAUGUUCUCCAGUAACAGAUAUUCGCCUAAUUCCUGGCAUGACACUCUGGUGACUUCCUGGUGAGACCCGGCCUGUCCUGGUCCAGCUGGGUCACACUGUAACUCAGACAUUCCAAGGGUAUGGGAAGCCAUAUUCACACCUCAUGCUCUGGAUGUUUAGGCAAGCAGGGUCCCCCCACACAUUUGGGGUCAGCCUCCACUGUUCCAGGUUCACACUCUUCUUAAGCAGACAGUGAUUUGGAAGCAAGGCAACUGUUAGAAACCACACUUCUUAAAACAAUCGGGGUGACCGUCCCCUAGAGUCAGCCUGCUGCCGUCUCCGUCUGGGUUGGCCUUGCUGAGAGAGGUGCGUCUGCCCCGCCCUUGAACCCUGUGGGGACUGAUGGUGCUCACGACUCUUCCUUCGAGGGGAACUUCAGAUCUCCACAUUAAGGGGCUUUUUAAACAAGAAACAAAAGGCAGCCAUCACUCCGGAGCUGCUCUCUUGCCAGCAUUUCACAUUUUGCCUUUCACGUGGCAGAAGCCAGUGCAGAGACAUUCUGCAGUGGGGACGUUUGAGGUGUUGCCCGCAGAGCCGUGCUGAGGUGUGGGUAAGGUUUAGGUGCCAGGCAGUAAGCAUUUUUGAGUUGGGCUUGUUUUUUUUUUUUUUUUUUUAAAGUCCUGUAUAUGUAUGUAGUAGUUUGGGUGUGUAUAUAUAGUAGCAUUUCAAAAUGGAUGUACUGGUUUAACCUCCUAUCCUUGGAAAACAGAUGGCUCUCCAUCUUGUUACGCAUAUGUUAGAGAGGUAGUGAGCUGCUCUGCUAUAUGCCUUAAGCCAAUAUUUACUCAUCAGGUCAUUAUUUUUUAUAAUGGCCAUGGAAAAACCAUUUUUACAAAAAUAAAAACACGAAAAAAAGCAAGGUGUUUUGGUAUAAUACCUUUUCAGGUGUGUGUACAUGGAUGCAUGAUGGGGUGGGGGUGGGGGGCAUCUCAGGGUCUUCUGUGACCUCACAGAACUGUCAAACUGUAUAGUUUUCCAACUUGCCACAUAAAUGAUGAGUUUGCAUUUUAGUUGCAACAAUAAAAUUUUUUUUUCUAAAGAA